AUGUGGCGUUACGUUGCGUUGUUUUCAGGAGCCAGGAAGUAUUGUAGCACACAAUCGAACUAUAUGUUAAACGAGUUGUGCAUAGUCGUUGAUAAAUGCGAUCACGUUCUUGGGUUUGCUAACAAGAAGACAUGUCAUGAAGUAUUGUUCGGAAAAUCGUUACUACACCGAGCAUUCAGCCUAUUCCUUUUUCAGGAAGAUACUAGUAGUGAAAAAAACCACAGAAGCCUUAAACUACUAGUCCAAAAACGUUCAGCUAAUAAACUUACGUUUCCAUCUCUGUGGUCAAAUACUUGUUGCAGUCAUCCUAUCAUGAAUUUUCCUGAUGAACUUAUCGAAUCGGAUGCGAUAGGGGUGAAGAAAGCUGCACAAAGAAAGCUGUUCCAUGAACUCGGCAUCAACAAUACUUUUGUUCCAUUAAAUCGGAUACACUUCUUAGGUCGAGUGCUGUAUACAGCUCCAAAUGAACCAUGCACGCAAGCUGCAUUUGCAGAACAUGAAGUGGACUACAUUCUUGUCAGCGUGCUAGAUCCAGUUGCUACUCGAAAUCUUCCAGAUACAGACUUAAUGAAACUAAAUCCUGAUGAAGUCAGUGACGCUCGUUGGAUGGCUUUCAGUGAUUUCAGCUAUAUGAAAUGUUCCCCGAGAGAUCAUAUAAGCACAUCAAAAACUUCAGACUCCGAUUUCUGCAGAUCAUCCAUCACCCCUUGGCUACGUGGUCUUCUUGCACGCGGUCUCUUGCAAAAAUUAUUUAGUUGGGCAGAAGCAUCAUGUGGUAAUCACUUGCAGGAACGCUUUUUGACCGAAGACCAAUCCUGGGAUAGAACUAAGAUAAUACAUUUGUCUUCCGAGGACGUACAAUAA